AUGUCUUUGCCUUCUAUAAGUAAUUUAGCAACUGAGAAUGUAUCAGCUAUGCAGCCUCCACCAAUUUUGAAUUCUUCAAAUCAGAAUUCUCAUCCUAUGAAAACUCAUGGCAAAGCUGGAAGCCACAAGACUCUUAUUGACAAUUUCAUUGAAAAACUACAGCAAGAAUUCUCCAUGAAGGACAUUGGCAACUUAAAUUAUUUUUUGAGACUAGAAGUUACUCAUUCAAAAACUGGAAUCUUCCUCAGUCAAAUGAAGUAUGCAAGAGAUGUUCUUCUUCGUGCUGACUUACUCGAUUCAAAGCCAAUUGCAACACCAAUGUACUUAACAAUUACAAGGCCGAAUAUUACACAUGCAGUGAAUUCAAUGAGUCAAUUCAUGCAUGCACCAAGAGAUCAACACUUUCAAGCCGUUAAAAGAAUUCUCCGAUAUGUUAAAGGCACUCUUCAUUUUGGUCUCCAUAUCAACCCAUCCAACAAUUUAGAUAUCUCGGUAUACUUUGAUACCGAUAGGGCUGGCUGCCUUGAUACAAGUAGAUCAACAUCUAGUUAUGCAAUUUUUAUUGGAAACAAUUUAGUGUCAUGGACUUCUAAAAAGCAAUUCACAGUGUCUCGAUCUUCUGCGGAAUUAGAAUACCGAGCAUUAGCACUAACCGCAGCUGAAGUUAAUGGAUGUUGA